UACUACCGUGCCCAGAUGUAAAAGUGUAUUCUGCACAGUAAUCAAAGACAUGAUUUCCAUUCAAAAUUAUGAGGCAUUGCCAGCUGAGAAGAGCCCAGUAUCAACCCCCAGGAUGUCCCAAUGGCAACAGAUCCAGAUGCUGGAGAGAGUUCAUCUGGAUCAGGUGCAUUGCCUCUACGCCGAUGACCGCCUGCCCAUGGAAGUGCGACAGUACCUAGCCUUUUGGAUAGAGGAGCAGAACUGGAACCAGGCAGUGCAGUCGAACCCCUCGGAGGCCUUCAGGCUUUUCCACACCAUGUUGGCUCUCCUGGAUGAUCAGUUGGGACGUCUUGUGUUGGGCGAAGAAAACAAUUCUAACAUGGUGCUGAAGCACAACCUGCGUCGCUCCAAGCUCAGUCUACAGGCCAGGUAUCAAGAUCAUCCAGAGCAGCUGGCCAACGUCAUUGAUGGUCUGCUCAGAGAUGAGAAAAUGAUUCUCUUGGAAGCCUUGGCUACCUCUCAGGCAAAGGUGGAGAGCCUGCCUAAUGCAUCUGUAGUCAUCAGUCAUGAGCACAAUAUUGAGGACCGGCUAACGGAGAUGCGAAAGGCAAUUCAGGCCCUGAAAUACCACAUAGAGCAUCUUGAGGAUCUGCAGGACGCCUUUGACUUCCGUUAUAAGACGCACACGAUUUUGGGGAGUACGCCAUCCAUUACUGAUCCCGCUCAUUCCAAAAGAAUUCAGGAGUUGCAAGCUAUGAUCAACAAUGUGGACUGCUCCCGCAAGGACAUGCUGGCCCAAAUCCAGGCACUGCUGGGCCGCUUGGACACUCUAAGAGACUUGCUGCUGGUAGAGCUUGCUGCGUGGCAAGAUCGUCAACGCCGGGCAUGUAUCGGGGACACUUGUGAUACCAGCUUGGGACAAUUGGAGAAGUGGUUCACCAGUUGUGCCGAGGACCUCUUCAGUUUGCUGAGGCUGCUGCAGACGCUGGCGGAGUUGUACAAAAAGAUGACCUAUCAGCGAGACCCCCUGAAAGACCAGUUGCCCCAGCUAGAAAAGCGGCUGCAGGAGCAAAUCUUCUGCCUUUUGAAAAGUGCAUUUGUCGUGGAAAGUCAGCCUAAGAUGCCUCACCCCAACCGCCGGCCUCUGGUGCUGAAAACCAGCAGCAAGUUCUCUGUCCGUGCCAGGCUCCUGGUGAAGCUGCUGGACCGAGACCACCCGAUGGAGGUGACGAUUGAGAUUGACAAGGAUGCUGCUAAUUUGCCAGGGUUUCGGAGGUUCAACAUCUUGACCUCAAAGAGCAAAACCUUGAUGAUGGACAGUCCCCAGGUGGAUGGGCUAGUGUGUGACUUCAAGUACAUUAUGCUGAAAGAGCAGAAAAGCAGCGGCUCAGGCAAAGGCAAGGGCGGCAAAGGCAUCAGUGAGGCAGUGUUAUCUGUACCAGAGGAGCUGCACAUCAUCACUUUCACCCUGGACUUUUUCUACCAUGGUCUCAAGUGCCAGCUGCAGACAUCCACCUUGCCAGUGGUGAUUAUCUCUAACAACAACCAGAUGUCCAGUGCCUGGGCUUCCAUCUUGUGGUUCAUCAUGCUCAGCCCAGACCCGAUGAACCAGCAGUUCUUCUCCAUGCCGCCUCCUGCCACCUGGGCCCAGCUGUCGACUGUGCUGAGCUGGCAGUUCUCAGAUGCCACCGAGCGAGGCCUCAAUGCUGAACAGCUCAUGAUGCUGGGGGAGAAACUCUGUGGAUCAAUGGUAACGUUGCAGAGCCCCAUAACCUGGGCCCAGUUCUCUAAGGAUACCCCUUCCAGCUUCUCCUUCUGGACCUGGAUUGACGGGAUCUUGCUUCUCAUCCAGGACUACCUGCUGAAACUCUGGCAGAAUGAUCUCAUCAUGGGAUUUGUCAGCCGCAAACGUGAGAAACGUUUGCUGAAGACGAAGAAGCCAGGCACCUUCUUGCUUCGUUUCAGUGAGAGUAUCUCACAUGGUGGCAUCACCUGUACCUGGGUGGAUUUUGACGACGGAGGCUCUGCCAAGUUCAGUUCCGUCCAGCCCUACACCAGGGUGGAGCUCCAGUCCUUAGCGCUGCCCGACAUCAUCCAUGACUAUCAACUCCUGGCUGAGGAGGACAUCCCUGAGAAUCCCCUCAAGUACCUGUAUCCUGACACUCCCCGGGAUGAAGCAUUUGAGCCUUACUACAGAGAACGCCGGGAAGGGGACCUGAUGGAAAAGAGGAAAUAUCUGAACCGCCGGCUGAUUCGAGUCUCCUCUAGGCAACCAGGAGAAGCUGAAGCUGUAGAGGUGAAUGGAAUACAUCCUUUAGAUGACGUGCUCUUGCCCAUUGACGAAGACAUUGAUGAAAUAGAGCAUGAAAUUAAAGCCCUUCUAAAGGACUGGCAAGAUCCUUUCCUUCCAACACCAGUUGAAGAUCAGAACCUGGAACAGCCAAACUAUUCUGAGCUAUUUUCGGUAACCGACAUACCAGAACUAAAAGUUUUUGAAGAAGAUUUCCAGUGUUAGGCUCCCUUCUCUGCUCUCUUUGGAUAGCACAAGCAGGGAUGAUGAGCAUGAUAAUUUCUGCCUAAACCUGCAGCCCUCUUCCCAGCGAACUGCUAAUGUCCUUCCUCAUGCCCCAACAUUCAUCCACUCCAGGAGGAUGCUGAAGUAGUGGGGAAAUUUGAGACUCCAGUUGCUCUGAAUGGCCGAGUGGGGCGAUAGGCUGGAAAGGUGCCGUUGACUCCACGUCUGUAUCGGUACAGCCAGACUAUAACUGGGUUUCAGGUGCAAAAUGAGAAUACGAAAGAGCUGGAGUCAACCAGAUGAGACUGUGGGCUGGGCAACCAGGGAUCAUUUCUACUUGCCAGCGGAAGUAUGUUAGAAGUGCUCCUGAAAGUGAAGAGCGCCCACCAGGGGUGCAGAGACUCUAGCCCAUGGAGCACCCCAAUCCGGCCUGCACAUCUUCUUGCGGUUCCUCUAAGGGGCGGGGCUGAGGCUCCAAGCUCCGCCCUUGGAGGAAUUCCUUCGGAAGACAUCCCCUGAUCUGAGAUUGGAGAUGACAGUGGGAAUUCCCCUGCUGGCAUGCGCCUUACAGGAGAGAUGGCAGCAAAGCUCCCUUCUGUCCACCUCACCCCCUUCAUGCACCUUUCUUUUACAAAGUACUGCCCCCCAACUUCCCUGCAAGUAGUUUGUACACCAUGAGAACCCAAUCUUUUACUUCCUCCCCCCACAUCACCCCAAAACCACCCCGACUCUCUUUUUUUUUUAAACUCCUGCCCAGAACUGUUCAAAAACUGGUUUCCCCUGUAAUACUCCCUCACCUUAGGCAGGCUUUGUUCUUUGCACUCUCCCUUCAAAAGGGCUUCAUUGGUGCCUGAGCAGGAGCCCGUUUUCACCAGUGCAGCAGCUCUUCCAUAAACAAUCUUUCCAUCUACAGAAAUCCACUCCAGAUUUUCUUUCCUGGAGUGAGUUCAGUUUGGGCUAAAGCUGCUGCUUCCCCCCCCCCCCCCCCCCGGUCUCCCACAUAUGAGAUGACGGGAAGAGAAGAAAGGAGCCCCAAAACGGAAGCAGCUCUCUGUUUGCAACUGAGGGAUUUGCAGAGGGGAAAAAAGGUCUGCCCUGCUGCACUAUAAAGCCAAGGAGGGCAGCAGAAAAGGUUUAAAACGGGCAGGUCCCGUUCUAUCAGAGAAUCGGGGUUGGGCGGACGAGGGGAUGUUCCGGCAGGAUUAGCAGGGGCUAGUCUCUCACUCUGGCUUACUGGCUCAGAUAGGGGAAACAUCAGCAAGUCUUUGUUGGGUUUUGAGAGAGGAAUACCACAGGUGUAUUUUGGGGUGCUUACAGCAAGCCUUUUAUGGCACCACAUCCUGCCUCACCCAGAGGAUUUUAGUAAGGAGGCCUCCCGACGUCAUCGUCCUCUUCUUGUUGUAACCCUUCCAUGGCUGCUUCUGUCUUUUUCCUUACCGUGGGAAAAUUAAUGAAGGGAAAAAAGAUGGAAAACGCUGUACAAGGCCUUCCCGUUGGUCACGCUGAGAGCCCUCCCUCUGGAAGCACCUUGGAUAGAAGUUGGUCUCCCAGAAUUCAAUUCCAGAUUACGGGGUUGACUGUCGUUGUUGACUCCUAGAAAAGGGCUACUAUUUCUUGCCUAUGUGAUGCCUGCUUGCUCAGCCUGUAUGUUUGUGAAUAACCUGGUAGUGCAAAAUACCAUUUAUGUCUCCUGAAUGUUUAUGGGAAACUAACACUCAAGCUGCACUGAAAUUUUGAGAAGUUGAGAGUGCAAGCCAAAUGUCUUGGUAAAUGCAAGAAUAGGUAGCGGUUGCAUCCAAACUAGCCCUUUUUUCCCCUUUCUUUUAGGUUUGGCAUAGGGUCUUUUGUUUGUUUUUAAGCUUUAAACAUUUCUGGGAUUUUCUAUCUCCCCCUUUUUUUCCUUUUUUUUUUACAGAGCAUCCAGAUGAUGUCAUCAUUUGUUGCAGUCCAACAUUUCUUGAGUUGUCUUCCCACAUUUCUUUAGGUGUGAUUUGUGAUGGUGGGUUGUAAUAAAAUGCAGUUGCAGCACCA